AGGCAGGUGGGUGGACAGAGAGAUAGACGGGCUGAGCCAGUGACAGCCACAUAGAGGAUCCCACAGCCAAAGAGGCCGUGAGGAGGCCGCCAUGAGGCCCAGCACCUUCCUGCUCCUGUGCACACUUGGUCUAAGCCAGGCCGACACAGAGAAGAUCGUCAAUGGCAUGGAGUGCCCGCCCCACUCGCGGCCCUGGCAGGUGGGGCUGUUUGAGGGCUCCAGCCUGCGCUGCGGGGGGGUCCUCAUUGACCGCAGAUGGGUCCUCACGGCGGCUCACUGCAGCGGCAGCAGGUACUGGGUGCGCCUGGGGGAGCACAGCCUCAGCAGGCUGGACUGGACGGAGCAGAUCCGGCGCAGCGGCUUCUCGGUGACCCACCCCAGCUACCAGGGAGCCCUGCGGAGCCACGAGCACGACCUCCGGCUGCUGCGGCUGGGGACACCCGUGCGCCUGACCCGCGCCGUGCAGCCCCUGCCCCUGCCCAGUGCUUGUGCCGCCCCGGGCACAGAGUGCCACAUCUCGGGCUGGGGCACCACAAACCAGCCAUGGAGCCCAUUCCCUGACCGGCUCCAGUGCCUCAACCUUUCCAUCGUCUCCAAUGCCGCCUGCCGGGCCGUGUUUCCCGGGAGGAUCACGGACAACAUGGUGUGCGCAGGCGGGGUCGCUGGGAGGGACGCCUGCCAGGGUGACUCUGGGGGACCCUUGGUAUGCGGGGGAGUCCUUCAGGGGCUGGUGUCCUGGGGGUCCGUGGAGCCUUGCGGGCAAAGAGGAAUCCCAGGAGUCUACACCAAUAUUUGCAAGUAUGUGGACUGGAUCCUGGAGAUCAUGAGGAACAACUGGGAAAGAGGGGCCUGGAGAGGGACCGGGCGGCACGCGUGCCAGGGAGGCCCCCACGCCCCGCCCCCAGGCAGUGAGGCAGGCUUGAGGCCAGUCGUCCCAGCCCUCCCGGGGCCACCCCUGCCUGCCCGCCUGCCUGGUGCCUGGCACUUCGACCCAGCCUGCCGCAGCUGCCACCGAGAGCCCGAACCCGGGCCUUGCCCUGCCCUGCGCCAGGCCAUGACGAUUCUGCAAUUCAUCACGCUUGCCCUGGUGACAGGGCACGUCGGGGGAGAGACCAGGAUCAUCAAGGGGUACGAAUGUCCUCCUCAUUCCCAGCCCUGGCAGGCGGCCUUAUUCCAGAAGACACGGCUGCUCUGCGGGGCGACCCUCAUCGCCCCCAGAUGGCUCCUGACAGCAGCCCACUGCCGCAAGCCCCGCUACGUGGUCCUCCUGGGGGAGCACAACCUGCAGCAUGAGGACGGCUGCGAGCAGAGGCGGACGGCCACCGAGUCCUUCCCGCACCCAGGCUUCAACAACAGCCUCCCCAACAAAGACCACCGCAACGACAUCAUGCUGGUGAAGAUGUCCUCCCCAGCCCUCAUCACCCGCGCCGUGCGGCCCCUCACCCUGUCAUCACACUGCGUCACCGCUGGCACCCGCUGCCUCAUUUCCGGCUGGGGCACCACGUCCAGCCCCCAGUUGCGCCUGCCGCACACCUUGCGAUGUGCCAACAUCUCUAUCAUUGGGCACCAGGAGUGUGAGAGCGCCUACCCGGGCAAUAUCACCGACACCAUGCUGUGCGCCAGCGUUGGGAAGGAGGGCAAGGACUCCUGCCAGGGUGACUCUGGGGGCCCUCUGGUCUGUAACGACUCUCUUCAAGGCAUUAUCUCCUGGGGCCAAGAUCCAUGUGCUGUCACCAGAAAGCCCGGUGUCUACACAAAAGUCUGCAAAUAUGUGGACUGGAUCCAGGAGACAAUGAACAACAAUUAAACAGGACUCAAGCGCAUAGUGCAAUCUUUCUGUAAAGAUUUGAUUUCGUUCAUUCUGUUCACAUGAAACCCUCAGUCAGGGCUCCUUCGUGUACUUUCUUGGGGCCACCUUGGCUACAGGAGAUGCUAUAGCUUUUUAAUGAACUUGGGGUUUGGAAUUAGGGACAGCCUGGCUGGGACUAACUUGUGACUCUGGAAGCGAUGAUAGCUGUUAUGUUCACGGUCACAUCUCCAGCCCCAGAGACAGUUCCUGACGUACACCAAGGUUGUAAUAAAUAUUUA